AACUGAACCGCCUCUUUGGCAGUUGCCAUGACAACGGAGAAAACGAUCCCCGGCACAUUCCCUGUUGUCUCGCCGGUGGUUACCAGGCAACAGCUACACAAAUCCAGGAAAACAUCCGGAGAAGACCUUUGGUCGUUCUGAACGUGGACUAACUGCAGGAUCUGUUUACUCAUCAGGAUUACUGGACAACAACAACAACAACAACAACAUGACGACUUCUUUCCUUCCUGUCUUAGACAACAGCGACCCUCGUCUAAGACUGACGGUGGAAAACAGAAUAAGAAACGUUUUUGUAACACAAUCGGAAAACACCAGAUACAGAAAGGAGGAAAAUGUCAACCACAUACCUGUUGUGACAGAGACUUCAAGCAGAGUCCUACAGGCAGGAGUGAACACUUUGCAAAAGACGCUGGUUCUGAAGAAACAGACUGAGUUGGACGAGGUGAACCAGCAACUGGCACUCAAGCGUCAGGAGUUUAAGACCUGUGUGGAGGCUCUAGCUCGGAGAAGGUCUGAACUGGAAAUAAAACAACAGCAGACUAAAGAGAGGGCGAUAAAGUUCGAGAAGUUUGUGGCUGAAAAUGAAGUGAAGCGACGGCGAGCGCUGCAGAAGUACGAGGACGCACGGGAGCUGAAUGUUUCCAAACAGAGAGAGAUAGAAGAUCUGACAGAUCAGUUGAAACAACUCAGAGCCAGACAGCAAGUUUUAAAGGAGAGAAUGUCAAAAUACAAAAUCUAUGAGGACUACUUGAUGAAAACACUAGAUUAUCUCCCCAGCACUUACCUUGAUAAUGGGUCUGAAUCUUUGGUAAUGCCCAUCAUCCGGCGCCACGAGGCCCUGUCCACCACCCACCGGGAGCUGCUGCUGCGUUUAGGGCGUCUGGAGGAGGAGGUGGAGCGGAGCCAUCGACAACAGCAGAUCAUGAAGCAGGAGCACAGUCUAAACAAACUGAUGGCCAAUAAGGAACUGUCUGAACUCCAGAGUGAGUUAGAAACCCUCAAAGAGGAGAACAAGCAGACGGAGGUGAAGCUGCUGGUGGAGCAAGACCUGUCCAGAGUGAAGGUUGAAGAAGUGGGCUGCUUGCUUAUGGCUAUCAACAACAUCGCAGAGCAGUGUUAUCUAGCAGCAUACGGACCUCUGGAAAACAUGAACAUGCUGACAAUGAUGGACAUGGUGAAGGAGUACAUCCUGGACAAGGCCGACACAGAGAGGAGAGCGAGGAGGCUGAUGGAGUCGGGGUCCGCCAUGACGAGUAGAACAGCUCUGACAGACAAAAGAGAGAGGGGGUCAAUGAAGAGCAUUGGCAGCAAAACACAAAUAAAAAGUUCAAGUAAAGUCAGUAGAAAGAGUGAGACAAUGAGUUGAUGUAGAACUUACUAUGAUGAAGUUUGUUGAGUGUGAAAGUUCAUUUUUGACCUUGAAAGCAGUAGAUUGACAAAAAUUAUGUAUGAUAACUAAGAAAACUACAUGGGAUGAUGAAGAAUAUGACAUGCAUGGAAAAUCUGGAAAAAGCAUGUAAACAAACCUUGUGUUAAGAUAUUUUUGUCAACAUGUUUUUUUGUAUCAGUGUUCAAAUUGCUAUGCAUCAAAUUUUGCACUUAAAAAUUUCAUGCAGAUUUUGACAAUAAGGUGAUCAAGUGUAUUCAAGCAUCAGAACUUUGUAAAUGUGUAUCUCUGGAACGUUAUCAUUGUUGCAUUUUAAAAUAAAAUGCUUACAAUCAAA